GGCAAGUCACAAUCGGCGGUCAGUCAGUCAGUCAGUAAGUCAGUCAGUCAGUCAGGCACAUAAUCGAUCAACCAUCGAAUCGUGGAUCGAAACGAAAUCGAUCGCGCUUUCGAAAUAUUUUGUACGGCCGAGUUGUGUGCUCUGCGCUGGCCGGUCGGUGCGUUUACCUCGGAAUUCGCACGGUGUAAUGCCCGGAGUGUCUGUUGACCUAUGAAAAUCUACCGGCCGACGAAUUUUGUGAAUUUUUGUUUUGUUUCAAAUCGUAAAAAUGGAUUAGAGAGAGAGAGAGUGAAUUUGAUGGAGGGAGAGAAAGAAUCAAUGAAGACAUCAUCAAACUACGAACAAAGUGGAUAAAUUUAAUUGUUCCGAUCGACAUCAUUUAAAAUUUGCAUAUUGGAAAUACCCUAAAUAAGGAAAAAAGAAAUCUUCCUGAUAAAAAAACGAUUUCACGGAAAUCUAAGAUUUGAUGGAGAAGAAGUGCACGUGAAUAAUCGACAUGCGACAUCUCGAGAUGCGUUUCACAUUGAUCUUAACGAAAAGGUGAUUAUCUGUAUGCCAUGAAAAGAGUUGUGGGAGGAAAAUCGAGUAUGGAUUCAAACAUGUUCGUCACCUGUGUCACGACUCUAGUGAUAACAUCGAUAGCCUUGAUCGGCACGAUAAACGCGAAUCCGCCGUAUUACGUGAAACCCAUCGAAGACGAGAACGAUUACGCUCGUGUCUUGGAGCUUUCGCUUUUGUUUUACGAGGCGCAACGAUCAGGGAAGCUCCCUGAAAAUAAUCGGAUCCCAUGGAGAGGGGACUCGGCUCUCGACGAUCGUGGACUGAAUGGGGAAGAUUUGACUGGAGGCUAUUACGAUGCCGGCGAUUUUGUAAAAUUCGGAUUUACAAUGGCUUCGACGACCACGCUAUUAGCAUGGGGUGCUGUUAGCUGGCCGGAAGCUUAUAAUGCGGCUGGUCAACUUGACGAACUUCGUAAAGCCAUUAAAUGGGCUACCGAUUACUUCAUCAAAUGUCAUGUGAGCGAAUAUGUCUUUUAUGGACAAGUUGGUGAUUUUUCAUUGGAUCACACGUUUUGGGGAAGACCAGAAGAACUGAAUACUACUAGACCUGCCUAUAAAAUCGACCCGGAUCAUCCUGGUUCUGAUUUAGCAGGCGAGACCGCGGCUGCUCUCGCGGCCUCUAGCAUUGUAUUCCGUAACUACAAUCCAGAAUAUAGCGCCAACUGCUUAAAACACGCGAAAGAAUUAUACAAGUUCGCUAGUAAAUAUCGUGGACUUUAUCACGAAGCAAUUCGUGGUGCAGCUCAAUAUUAUGAGAGCACCGAUUAUGGCGAUGAAUUGGCCUGGGCAGCCGUAUGGCUUUUCAAAGCGACAAACGACACGAUGUAUCUUGAAGAAGCUGAACAUCAUUAUCAACAUUUCCAUCUUAAAGAGAGACCUAAUGAAUUCUUUUAUAAUAAAAAAGUCGCUGGAGUUCAGGUUUUAUUGGCCCAGAUGACAGGGCAGCCGGAAUAUCAAAACGCGGCACGAGCUUUUUGCGAUUUCUCAGUGUAUCAACAAAAGCGUACACCUAAAGGAUUGCUAUAUAUUGACAAGUUUGGCACUCUUUGUCACGCAGCAAAUGUAGCAUUCGUUUGCCUCGAGGCUGCCGAUUCAUCCGGUAUCGGAGAUUCCCAAAAAUAUCGUGAAUUUGCUGAGCAACAAAUUUACUAUAUGUUAGGAGGUGGCGGUAGAAGUUACGUAGUUGGAUGGGGUCGAAAUCCUCCAAAACAACCACAUCAUGCUGCAUCUUCAUGUCCCGAUAGACCUGCCAUUUGCGGAUGGUCCGAAUUCGACAAAGACGCGCCAAAUCCUCAAAUCCUAUAUGGUGCUCUGGUCUCAGGUCCUGACGAGGCGGACAAGUUUCACGAUCAUAGAGAGGAUUACGUGUAUACGGAAGUCACUUUGGAUUAUAAUGCAGGAUUCACGAGUGCGUUAGCCGGAUUGUUACAAUUACGAGUCAAGAGCACCGCGUAACGAGCCAUGACAGUUGGUCGCGUUUGGCUGGAUCAAGGAAUUACUUUGUUCUCCAAGUUGGAAGUAUUCGCUUCGUGAUUUCUAUAUGAUAAUAAAUGAAAUUGUCGAAGUUUUUAGGAA